GUGACGUUGCGUCAUGUGAUUGUCGUUUCCGUUAAAACGGCGUACGGAGCGGUGUAUGUUUAUUUUUCGUUCCCCGUGAUUCACCGUACGGUGCGGUGCGGAGAGGACACUUUGGACACUUCACCUGAGCGAAUGUUGUAACACGUAUUUAGAAUGUAUCAAUCUGUGAUAUUUUUGGCAUGGGCCCUGUGUGUAUCAGCUCUUGACAAUGGCCUAAUGUCUACCCCACCCAUGGGCUGGUUGGCAUGGGAGCGAUACCGCUGUGACAUUGACUGCGAGAAUGAUCCUAAAAACUGUAUCAGUGAGAAACUCUUUAUGGAUAUGGCAGACAGACUCUCAGAGGAUGGCUGGAGGGAACUGGGAUAUGUUUAUGUCAACAUUGAUGAUUGCUGGUCAUCGAUGCAGAGAGACAAAGAUGGCCGACUUCAGCCUGACCCCAAAAGAUUUCCAGGGGGUAUCAAAAAGUUGGCCCAUUAUUUGCACGACAGAGGCCUCAAGUUGGGAAUCUACGGAGACAUGGGCACUCACACCUGUGGAGGAUAUCCUGGGACCACACUUGACAAAAUUGAAAUAGAUGCUAAAACAUUUGCUGACUGGGAAGUAGACAUGUUCAAAUUUGAUGGCUGCUAUUCCAAUGCUACUGAGCAGGAACAGGGCUAUCCACUCAUGUCUAAAGCACUAAAUGCAACUGGCCGUCCCAUUGGUUACUCCUGCAGUUGGCCAGCUUAUCAGGGUGGUCUGCCUCCCAAGGUGAACUACACACAAUUGGGUGAGAUCUGCAACUUGUGGCGUAACUACGGUGACAUCCAGGACUCUUGGUCCAGUGUGGUGGCAAUUGUGGACUGGUUCUUUGAAAACCAGGAAGUUUUAAUACCCGCAGCAGGUCCUGGGAGGUGGAAUGACCCUGAUAUGUUAAUUAUAGGAGAUUUUGGCCUCAGUCUGGAGCAGUCUCGCUCUCAGAUGGCUCUUUGGGCUAUAAUGGCUGCUCCUCUGUUUAUGUCCAAUGACCUGCGUACCCUCAGCAGUGGAGCCAGAGCCAUCCUCCAAAACAAAAUGAUCAUCAGCAUCAACCAGGACCCACUGGGCAUUCAGGGCCAACGCAUUGUAAAGGAAAAGAGCGGCAUCCAAAUCUUCUGGCGUCCUCUCUCCAAAAACACCAGCGCUUUGUUAUUUUUCAGCCGGCGAACUGACAUGCCUUAUCGUUACACGACAUCACUCAGCAAACUCAAUUACACUACAGGAAGUUACAAGGUCACUGAUGUUUACACAUACCAGACAACCGUGCUGAAGGACUCUGAUGAGUUUGUGGUGUCUGUGAAUCCCAGUGGUGUAGUCAUGUGGUACAUCUCUGCACCCUCAAAACUCAACUCCCGUCUCUACUUUAGACAUGGCUAUGCCCCAGCCUCCGCCCAUGAGCAUGUCAACAAUGAAAUACCAUAUGUACUUUAACAUUUUAACUGCAGGAGAUUUUAGCCCAGUAUAUGGUGUCAAAAACAAAAUAUUAAGCAAUCACUGUUUUCUGAGAGAAAUGUGAAACUUCUCCCACUUCUCUAAUUUUAUUCUUCAAAAUUGUACAGCCAGCAUUUUAUCCAACUUUUGGGAACAUGCAUUUUACCUUACAGAUUUUAUAUGUAUAAAUUUUAUGGAAAUUCUAUUUGUAUAAAUUAAGUCUUUUGUUACUGUCUUUUAAUAAAUCAAAUAUUGUUGGGAAA